UGUAUACGUAUACAGUAUUUAUUAUGGAGGACGAUCUGAUACCGGGCGAUGACAUUCACAUAGAGCCGGUUCAGCAGGGUCCACGACGGAGACAGCGACCGCCUGUGGAUACGCUGCAGGGGCAUCCAUAUCUUGAGUUUCCCGACGGCACUGACGCCGCCCGUCAUUGCCAGAAGCUUAGGAGGAUGCACGUUGGAUCGCAUGCAUCGAUCGACUGGGAUGCGAUGGAGGAGAUUGCUGAGACGCCGAGAGUGCGUCGGUUUAUACCUAUCGAUUCGCCGUGGCAUCGUCUUUUUGAUUUGGCGCACACGCCGACCUACAGGGAGCUGCUGGUCGAGUUCCUUUCGUCAUUCACAUUUCACCCUCCUGGGGAGCCAGUGCCGCUUCCGUACCCAGGUGCUCCCCAUCCGCCUGAGGUUUCUUUCAGGCUUGCUGGCGUUAUGCGUUCGAUGACGCUAGCACAGUUUGCGGUGCAUUGUGGUUUAUACAUGCAGGAGGAGAUCGAGACUGAGAUUUACACAACGGGGCUAGUGGUGGUUGAAAAACCCACUCUUGUAGGGUUUUGGCAGGUGAUUGCGGGGGCGGAUCAUUGGGAGCACGAAAAGUCGAAGGGGAGGGUGUCGUUUGUUAGGGACCCACUAUACAGGUAUCUGCACCAUUUGCUCGCCACUUCUAUUUUAGCGCGCGGCUACAGCCGUGAGUGGUGUACGACCACAGAUCUUUUUUUCCUUUACUGUUUGUUGUAUAGGAGGCCGUGCGCGCUAGCACACGGUCUAGCCCAGUACUUCGCCUCCGGCCAUCACCGGCAGGAGCGCGGAUUUUUGUAUGGCGGGGCGUACGUGACCGUCAUUGCCCGUUCAUUGGGCCUCGUACCACACCAGGACCCACAUCUACGGACGCCGGCCAUCAUGCCGACGCGGAUGGGUAUGCAGUCGCUAUGGGGGAUGAGGGUUAUCAAGAGGUUCCCCGUUGGCCCGCGGUUUAAAAACCGCGAAGGGGGCGUAUGGACAGAGCAGGCCUUACCAGAGCAUUUCGAGCCCGUUCAUCCUCCUGCAGAUCCUGCUGAUGUAGUGCCCGUGGAGGACCCUCCGGAGGAUCUAGACGGUGCAGCGGAGCCACAGCCACCGCCACCUGCCGGGGCACCUCAGUUUCCACGUCACGUUAUUCGAGGUCGUGCCCCAGGAGCUGCGCUACAUCCGGAUGUACGAGCCAGGCUUGACAGGCUCGACGAUUUGGUAGGUUGGCUGGUACGGGCGGAGCAGGAUAGACGAGAGAGAGAGGGAUUACCCCCGAUACCGCUUCCACCGGUUCGAGCACCACAUCAGGAGCACCAGCCGCAGCAGCAGCAUCAGGAUUCAGAUUCGGAUUUGGAUGCAUAGACCUGUUGUUGUUUUUAUUGUUAUUAUGGAUGUACAAACUUAUCUUAUAUAUUUUUGUUAUGGAUGUAAACAGUUAUCUUAUAUAUGUCAUAUUUAUGUUUGUUUUCAGU